AUGGAAGAAGUGCGGAAAAAGAUUGCCUCGCACAUUGAUGCCGGAGAUGCUGUGAAGGAUAUCGCAGAGCGCUUCAUGGUCUCCAAGAGCACAGUGUACAAAGUCAAGAGCCUGUAUAACGUGUCCAAGGACUUCUCCAAUCGACCCAGGAGUGGAAGACCUCGCACAGCUCACACAGAAGGCAAUAUCAAGGCCGUGAAGGAUGCCAUUGAUGACAACCCGAGGAACAAUAUCCGGAAGCUCGCCAGGGAGCUCAACAUUGACAAGACAGCCAUCUCCACGAUCAUAUUUACUGUGGACGCCAUCAGCAACAGCAGGGCGACCCGGUACAUCGCCAAGAGGCCUGAGGACGUGGAUCCAUGGAUUAAGUACGUGGGCAACACUGAGCACCCGGCCAGUGUCAUGAUGCUGGGAGCUGUCGGUUCAGAUGGGAAAGCCUUUCUCGCAACCUGGGUCAAAGGUACUGUGGACACUGCCAAGUACAAGAACUUGCUCGCUAACAAUGUCUUCCCAGCAUUGAACAGGACCUAUGGCAUCGGGAAGUGGACCUGGACCCAAGAUGGGGCACCUGCCUAUACCUCCAAGGCCUACAUCAGCAUAAUGCUAGGGUCCAAGGGAUUCUGGCCCAAGGAACUUUGGCCUCCCAAAUCCCCGAACCUAAACCCCUUGGACUUCUAG